UAAGUACUGGUAGCGGUAGUACCCGCGGGGAAUUGAAACUUAGAAGAAGACAAGAGUAUUUGGUUUUGGUGUGUUCCCGUUCAGCGUAGCAUAGCUUUUCCAUCAUCGUUGAUUGAAGCGUAUCAGAAGCCAUUAGAGUUUCGGUUGAAGAUGAAAACCCCUCUUUCCGGUUUCUACAGAAACCCCGUCAAGUUCAGAAUGCCAACUUCGGAAAAUCUCGUACCCAUUCGACUCGACAUCGAAAUUGACGGACAUAGAUACAAAGACGCCUUCACCUGGAACCCUUCAGAUCCGGAUUCUGAAGUUGUGGUGUUUGCUAAAAGGACUGUGAAGGAUUUGAAGCUGCCUCCUCCUUUUGUUACUCAGAUUGCUCAGUCUAUUCAAUCUCAGUUAGCAGAGUUUCGAUCCUAUGAGGGUCAAGAUAUGUAUGCUGGAGAGAAGAUUAUUCCCAUCAAGCUUGAUCUUCGUGUAAAUCAUACGCUUGUAAAGGACCAAUUUUUAUGGGACUUGAACAACUUCGAUAGUGAUCCUGAAGAGUUUGCCAGAACCUUCUGCAGAGACAUGGGCAUUGAGGAUCCUGAGGUUGGACCAGCUGUUGCCUUUGCCAUCAGAGAACAGCUUUAUGAGAUUGCAAUUCAGAGUGUGGUUUCAGCAAGAGAAAGCAGAUUAAGCAAGAAGGGUCGUCGUGGGGCUGACUUUACUCCUGUCAGUAAAGGAGGCGCUGUAGCAGUGGACUUGGUCAAGUUAUUUGGUAUUAAAUCAAGUGUUGUUCGGAAAAGAAAGGAGUGGGACGUAUAUGAACCCAUUGUGGAUCUUCUAUCCAACGAGGAAGUUGAUGUCCUUGAAGCAAAGGAAGAGAGAAAUUUCAGGUGAAUUGGCUCUGUAGUGAGUUAUGUCUUGUAUCAGAUAGUUCAAAAGAGUGUAUAUUUUUAAUCUUGUAUCAGAUAGUUCAAAAGAGUAUAUAUUUUUGAUGUUUUAGUUUGAAGUUAUUUAAAUGUAUACUAGAUAGUUUAAGACCAAAAAUCAUUGGUUCAGUAUAUUGUUAUCAGUUGCUUUU